CCACGAAGACAAAAUUCAGCUUAGUCAGUGCACGUCCAACAACCGGUGAAAGUCGACAAAGUUAGUACCGAGUCGUCGUUCGCAAAUCCAAGCAAUCCAACCAACCGACGAUGGAGUAUCGCGUAAGUGCGCCGGACGUGUUGCGCGUUCCGUUGGUAGUGCCGGAAAAGUUGCUGAUGGGUCCGGGCCCCUCGAAUGCUCCGCCGCGCGUCCUGGAAGCGAUGGCACGGCCCAUACUGGGGCAUCUGCAUCCGGAAACGCUCAAAAUUAUGGACGACAUAAAGGCGGGCGUGCGGUACCUGUUCCAGACGAACAAUGCGGCCACCUUCUGCCUGAGCGCGUCCGGGCACGGCGGCAUGGAGGCGACGCUGUGCAACCUGCUCGAGGACGGUGACGUGGUGCUGAUUGGCCACACGGGUCACUGGGGUGACCGGGCGGCCGAUAUGGCCUCGCGGUACGGUGCGGACGUUCGGCUGGUGCGCGCCAGCCAGGGCAGUUCGCUCGCGCUGCCCGAGAUACGGCGCGCAAUCGAAACGCACCGUCCGACGGUGCUGUUCCUGACGCAGGGCGAAUCGUCCACCGGAGUGCUGCAGGGACUGGAAGGGGUCGGUGCACUGUGCCGGGCGCACGAUUGCUUGCUGGUGGUGGACACGGUUGCAUCACUCGGCGGCACACCGUUCCAUAUGGACGCAUGGGAGGUGGAUGCGGCCUAUACCGGUUCGCAGAAGGUGCUCGGUGCACCGCCGGGCAUUACGCCCAUUUCCUUCAACCACCGGGCGGUCGAACGGUACACGCGGCGCCAGACGAAGGUGAAGGUGUACUACUGGGACAUGUUUCUCGUAGGCGACUACUGGGGUUGCUUCGGUCGGCCACGCAUCUAUCACCACACGAUAUCGUCGACGCUGCUGUACGGGCUGCGGGAAGCGAUUGCCAUGGCGUGCGAGGAAUCGCUCCCGUCGCUCAUUGCCCGCCACCAGGACUGUGCCAAGCGGCUGCACGAUGGGCUGCGUGCCAUGGGCCUCGAGCUGUACGCCCAGGAGCGCGACCGACUGUCCACCGUCACGACCAUCCGUGUGCCGACUGGUCUGGACUGGCUGCAGGUGUCCCAGUACGCGAUGAAAACGUAUCUGGUCGAGAUUAGCGGUGGGCUUGGCCCGACCGCUGGGCAAGUAUUUCGCAUCGGACUCAUGGGCCAGAAUGCAACGAGCGAGCGGGUAGAUCGUGUGCUGCAAGUGUUCCGCGACUCCAUCAAAGCAGUUAAGCCCGAUUUCGUGUUCCCGCGCAGUGCAUCCAAAAUGUGAACGUACUUUGGCAGACUUAAGAAUAAUAAAACAUUUAACUGUAGCGCUUACCUCACA